UACUUGAUGACGGCGAUGUUGACAGGGGCGGUGGUGGUGGCCCGGAAGACCUGACUGUCAGCGGGAGCAGCCAUUGUAGGACUAUUAAAACAAGCAAAAUACACUUGAAGAGACUUGGAGGUAAGAUAUAAAAAGGAAGGAAGAUAGAGAGAAGCGUUCAGGGGCGAAGGCUAAAGACGAGCGACGAAAAGGCGGGGGAUUUCCUUGUUGGGAAAGUUUGGGGCUUUUGUUGUCGGGUUCCCGAGGCGGUGAGCGGCCAGAAUUUGCCCGCCUUUCCGCGCGAUCCAAUCGAUUUGCAAUCAAACCUCAUUAUCCCAUCCACUCCUCUCGCUCCAAGUGUCGCGGCCGGGUCUCUGUUUGUCACUCCAUCCCAAUCCUCACCUAGAACAAUGGGUGCUGGUGCAAGUACUCCGUCCCCCGAGCCGCCUGCGGCUGGUGUAUGCCCUGUUGAUCACAAAACUCGCGAGGCCUGGUUGCAGCAGCACCAAGCAUCUGGCGGCGCUGCACCUCCUCACCCUCUACCCUCCGAAGAUGGACAGGAAUCGAAAGGCAAAUCUCAAAGGCCUCUGUCAACCGACCGUGAAGUAAGCAGUAUACCGCGCGCCAUUGACACUACCUCCCAGCCGUCGAGUGCCGACUCGUCAAAUGCGCCCGCUUCACCUUACGCUGCCACGGCCGCAUCGCAUGGCACCCCAUCCAAUGCAGAAGCUGAAACCGGUCAUGACCCGAACACUGGAAACUGGAUCUAUCCGUCAGAACGGCAAUUCUUCGAAGCUCUUGUGCGCAAGGGCAACACUCCUAGCUCUACAACCUCCGCCUCCGAACUGGCGACUACCGUCGCAUCCAUCAUUCCUAUCCAUAACGCCGUCAAUGAGCGCGCCUGGCAGCAGAUCUUGCAAUGGGAAAGCCGGGCCCCCAUGUCGGACCCCGGUAGCAAGAAAUGUGGAGGCCCAAAGCUGUAUGCUUUCCGCGGUCUGGGUGUCGACCCGCAGUUCCUGAGCCCCCGUGCCCGUAUAAAUAACCUGAUGGGCUACCAGCUUCCCUUUGAUCGGCACGACUGGGUUGUGGAGAGAUGUGGUGGUGAAAGGAUCGAAUAUGUCAUCGAUUUCUACCAAGGAAAAUCGUCGGGUGCAAACAAUGCUCCCGGCCUGGCUGCCAAUGCUGGACCCGGCAAGCUCAGCUUCUACCUGGAUGUCCGGCCGAAACUGAACACAGUGGAGGGCUGCCGCAUGAGAUUCAGCAAGUUUAUGGGACUGUAAAGCUCCCCAAUGUCUUUCUUCUUACGCUGCAUUAGAGGCGAACAACGGAGUUUUGGGAACGGUCUUGGGUAAGCAACGCAGUGUA